UUCCGCUCUGAAAGCAACAUGAACAUACAGCAGUGUGUCACACUGACAACAAGGCGAGAGAAUGAAAAUAGAAAAGAGAAAAAAAGUGUGGUUGUCCAUUUCCUGUGAAAACCUUUUGUCUGCUGAUGCUGAGAGUAAGAACUAGGAAGAGAAACUCAAUGCUCGCUGUUCAGUCUAGUCACCGGUAGUACAGAGGAGAUCUUUUGCUCUCUUCCAGGGUCUCUUUCUUCUCUCGAGUUUCAUUUUUUAACGGUUUGUUCCAUGAGCAUAUGAGGCCAUGAAGCGAGCAUCGAAGGCGAAAGGUCAGGAGAGUGUGGGGAGCUCUCUGCUCUCUCCACAGGAGAAUGAGAGGCUGGAGGAUCUGCUGGGCAGGAGGUGUGUGUCUCUGUCCUCAGCGGUUGUGCAAUUGCUUAUGGCUUUACCGAGCGAGUCGAACCGCUGGACACCACAGCAGUCCGGAGUAGUUUGUUUCGUCAAAGACAGUCCUCAGCGCUCCUUUUUCAUUCGUCUCUAUGACAUCAAGGCAGGGAAGCUGGUGUGGGAACAGGAAAUCUACAACCAACUGAUGUACAAAGGACCAGGCCUUUUUUUUCACACUUUCCCUGGAGAUGACUGUCAAGUGGGGUUGAACUUUGCAGAUGUAGCAGAGGCUGAAAGUUUCUUUGCUGUAGUGGAGGAGAAAAUCAGCCAGAGAAAUAAUCGUUUUGAGAAACAGCAGAAAAAAGGACAAGAAGUUAGAGAUCUUGGAGCUUUACCACCACUUCCUCGACCAAAUGGCUCUGGUACUCUUAUGUCUUCACCCAUGCCUCCACUGGUACCAAGUAAUAGCAUGACCCAAAUAACCACUUCCAAAUCAAAAAAAGACAAGAAGGAAAAAGAUAAGAAAAAUAAGAAAAAAGGCUCUAAACUGUUGAAGGGGGAUAUUGGAGCGCCCAGUGGAUUCACGCAUGUCAGUCACCUUGGCAUGGGUUCCAACAAUGUGGACCCAGAGCUGAUGAAAAUUCUGUCCUGCGCUGGGAUCAGUGAAGCAGAUAUGAAUGAUUCGGAAACCUCUCAGCUCAUCUACGAUGUGAUUGAGCGUUCAGGUGGAAUCGAGGCUGUUAAAAAGGCUGUGAACCAAGAGUCUGCUCACCCUCCUGUUCCCAGUGGACAUCGGGGUUCUCUUCCCCAAGUGCCAUCUGGGUUCUCCUCAGCACCGCCGCCACUACCUCAAGGUCGAAUGGGGCCUCUACCGCCAGUCCCCGGUCAAUCCUCUGGUCCACUUUCUCAUCGAGGUUCCCUUCCACCUACACCUCCUAGAGGAGCAUUUCCAUCACCACAAACAACAGAGGGCCGCGGUGGUCUGCCAGCCCGAUCUACAUCAUUAGGACCCCUGCCACCAGUUCCUGCCGGAGGGCGUACUGGGCCCUUGCCUCAACCUCCAGGACCCCGCAGCGGAUCCUUACCACCCCCACCUGGAGGUCGAAGUGGAGGUUUGCCUCCACCUCCACUUCCAGGAGAACGCAGGGAGUCUUUAACCCCCGUUCCAGGAAAGAGACCUGGACCACAAGUGAAUGAAAGACGAGGUAGCUUUCUGCCGCCCCAACCUGCUGAGGCAGCUCCACCACCACUACCACCGGGUGCGAGGAGUGCACCCUUACCCCCACCUCAGAGAAACAAUAGUGAAUAUCUGCCACCUCCACCAGAAUCUGAUAUGCCAUUACCUCCUCCCCCAUCUGAUUUCUUUCCUCCUCCACCUUGUGAAUCAUUUCCCCUUCCUCCACCUGAUGACUUUGAUUCUCUGCCUCCACCUCAUCACUUUCAAUCCAAUGUUCCUCCCCGAAGCAGUUCCUCAGGCUUUGCCCCUCCAACCCCUCCAGUCUCAGCCAAACCCAGUGCAGGCGCUCCGCCUCCGCCACCUCCUCCUCCACCUCCCGCUGCUCCUGCUCCUCCUCCAGUAAACUUUGGAAGCAACCCCUCACCUCCAAGUGGUCCAUCACCUGCAGCAUCCAGUGGUGGAGAAGGGGGAAGAGGAGCAUUACUUGCCCAGAUACAAACAGGGAUGAAACUCAAAAAGGUGGCCGCCAACCCAGAUCCACCUUCGCCGGCCCUGGAUACAGGAGAGGGAAUAGUUGGAGCUCUCAUGAUGGUGAUGCAGAAGAGGAGUAAAGUCAUCCAUUCAUCCGAAGAUGACGAUGAAUUUGAUGAUGACGAGGACGACGAUGAAGAGUGGGAUUAAUCCUGGUGUAAUUGAAAACUUUCGAUACAUGUACCUGGGCAUGUUUUGGAAGUUAACAACACUGAUCCAAUGUGUUUUCUCUAGGGAUGCACUGAUAGUCUGGCCAUUUGAGGAAAUGAUGAAUGCUGAUGAAUGGCUGAUAUUAAAAUUUCAUGCUAUUAUUCCCAGACAAAAUACAUCAACAACACUGAAAUCAUUUGUUUGAAAUGCUUCAGGUGAUUUUAGGUGCCACAACAUUUUAUUAUACAGUAUGAAAAAUAGAUAUUCAAAUGAUAGUAUUUUACAUUUACCAUAAGGGAGCACUGGAUGACGGCAAAGGUAAAUUAAAAAAAAAAAGUGAUAUUUAACCAAUAUAUGUGACCCUGGACCACAAAACCAGUCACAAGGGUCAUAUGAACAUGAACAUCUGAAAGCUGAAUAAAUAAGCUCUCCGUCCAAAUGAAGUUGUUAGCAAUGCACAUUACUAAUCAAAAAUUAAGUUUUGAUAUAUUUAUGGUAGGAAAUUUACCAAAUAUCUUCAUGGAAGAUGAUCUUUACAUAAUAUCCUAAUGAUUUUUGUCAUAAAAGAAAAAUCUGUAAUUUUGCUACAAAUAUACCCGUGCUACUUAAGACUGGUUUUGUGGUCCAGGGUCACAUAUACUGUGCAUGUGUUCUCUUUCUAAUCUCAAGGGUUCUCAGUCUCUGAGUGUUUAUUAGUUGAUGCAGAUUUUUAUAACAGCAUAUAAUGUGAAUCAGCACUGAAUAUGUAAAUAUACUCAAAUGUGAAUUGAAAAGUGACUCCAUGGCUCACAAAUUAUUGCUCGUUUAUUUUUUUCAUACAAGACAACAUCUAAGAGCAAGACAGAACUUUGUAAAUUACAACCAGACUAUUCUACCAUUCUACAAAAAAGGACACAAACAUUGUGAAAUAUUUCCAGUGUUAGAUAUUAUCUGAGUGAACUCUCUAUGACGUUUGCGUUUGCUUGAACGGUGAUUGCUCAACCAGACACAAAGCAUGAAACGAAAUGCACA